GCCAAUGGCGAGUUGCUGUUUGAAACUACCUCCGCAUGCAGCCGCUGCUUUUUCUCCUGAGAGAUAGUUGAGGUACAGAAAUCCCCUGAGCUGUUCCAUCUGCGCCCUCACCCCCACCCCCCCCCAAAAAAAAACCUCAACCAUUCUCCCCAGAACCUCAAGUUUGAAUCAGUUGAAGAGUUUGCAAAAGUCCGAAGCAGAAAUCAGACCCAGCCAUGUCCCUCACUGUGAAGGAGAAAAACCAAGUCCGCUUAGUGUUCCUUGGGGCAGCUGGAGUGGGGAAGACUUCGCUGAUCCGGAGGUUUUUACUCGACACCUUUGAGUCGAAGUACAAGAGGACAGUGGACGAGCUUCACAGCAAAGAGUAUGAUGUGGGGUCAGUGAAGGUCAAAAUCGAGAUCAUGGACACCAGCGGCAGCUACUCCUUCCCAGCCAUGAGGAAGCUCUCGAUCCAGAGCAGUGAUGCUUUCGCCCUGGUCUAUGCCAUAGACGAUGCCGAAUCCUUCGAAGCUGUGAAAAGCCUCCGAGAUGAGAUCCUCGACAUCAAGGAAGAUAAAUACACCCCGAUUGUCGUGAUCGGCAACAAGACGGACAACGGAAGUGACAGGCAAGUGUCCAGUGAAGAUAUCAUGUCGCUGGUGGAAUUGGAAUGGAACAACCGCUACCUGGAAUCCUCGGCCAAGGACAACGCCAACGUGCUGGAAGUUUUCCGAGAGCUCCUGCAGCAAGUCAACUUGCCGAGCCGCCUGAGUCCAGCCCUGAGGAGGAGGCGGGAAACUUUCCCAACAGAGAACAACUGCCGACCCCCCAUGAACAAAACCAACAGCUGUAGCAUCUCCUAAAGACCAACCUCCGGCUGAACGGACUCUCCCUGUUCGAUUGAUCCGAUCAAAAAAAAAAGCAACACUGUUCGCCCUUUCCGGGGUUUAGAAAUGGGUUUGGGGUUUUUUUUGUUUGGGAGGAGGGGGGGGCAACGAGUCUCCAAAUUGUGUAAGUGAACUUAUUACGGUGCUAAGAAAAAACAAAUGGGAAGGAGGGUAGCAUUCGGGCACAUGAAAACCAAUUGAAUUAAUCUUUGUUACCGUUAAUUGCGCUGAAGUUUGAUUUCAAUGAAGAUGCUGAUGUUUAUCCAGUAAGCUGAACAAUUAAUGUAUGCAUUUAAAGUAAACCCGUUAGCAGGUUACUUUCCAGCCUAACAGUCGUAUCAGCGUUGAUCUAAGUAUUCGUUUCCAGUAGAGUUUGUCCUCAAUCUGCACUGAUCGUGCAGCCUGGAAUCUUUGUUUACAAAGUUCAAAUCAUCACCGUUAUUUGUUAAUGGGGGAGGGGGGGGGGGUUAACAUUUAUUUGCACUCACAUGUUAUCAGAUCUU